CUCCUCCUCCUCCUACCCCCCCCUCCUCCUCCUUUUCUCCUCCCCUCUGCCCAUCUUCGUGCGCUUCUCCUCCUUGCCGGCGCCGACAUGUCCUUCCUCUUCGGCCGCUUCUCGGCCGUUGCCGCGUCUGCCUUCUCCCAGACCCAGACCCUCCUUUCUCGCCCGGCCGCGUCUCUCAACAAUCUGAUCCCGACCGUUCAGCUCCGCAAUUACUCCUUUAAGACCCACUCCGCCACGAAGAAGCGCUUCCGCCUCACGGGCAACGGGGACAAGUUCAAGUAUGAGGCUGGCGGCAAGCGCCAUCUGGCCACCGGCAAGAGCCGCCAGGAGGUGGGCAUUCUCAAGAAGAAUGUCUACACCAACAAGACCCAGACCAGCCGCAUUCGGAAGUUCCUCUUCAACUCGCGGUGAGAGCACCCCGCCUGGCGCGCGAUCGCCUCUCUCCCUUUGACCUCUCUCUCUCUCUCUCUCU